GUGGCGGGUAACGUGCUGGUGAUCGCGGCCAUCGGGCGCACGCAGCGGCUGCAGACCCUCACCAACCUCUUCAUCACCUCGCUGGCUUGCGCCGACCUGGUGAUGGGGCUGCUGGUGGUGCCCUUCGGGGCCACGCUGGUGGUGCGGGGCACCUGGCUCUGGGGAUCCUUCCUCUGCGAGUGCUGGACCUCCCUGGACGUGCUCUGCGUGACGGCCAGCAUCGAGACCUUGUGCGUCAUUGCCAUCGACCGCUACCUGGCCAUCACCUCGCCUUUCCGAUACCAGAGCCUCAUGACCAAGGGUCGGGCUAAGGGCAUCAUCUGCACCGUCUGGGCCAUCUCCGCUCUGGUCUCCUUCUUGCCCAUCAUGAUGCACUGGUGGCGGGACGAGGACCCCCAGGCGCUGGAGUGCUACCAGGACCCGGGCUGCUGCGACUUUGUCACCAACAGGGCUUACGCCAUCGCCUCGUCCAUCAUUUCUUUUUACAUCCCCCUCCUCAUCAUGAUCUUUGUGUACCUCCGGGUGUACAGAGAGGCCAAAGAACAGAUCAGGAAGAUCGAUAGGUGCGAGGGCCGGUUCUACGGCAGCCACGAGCAGCCGCAGCCGCCCCCUCACCCUCACCACCAGCCCAUCCUCGGCAACGGCCGAGCCAGCAAGCGGAAGACCUCCCGGAUCAUGGCCAUGAAGGAACAGAAAGCCCUCAAGACUUUGGGCAUCAUCAUGGGGGUGUUCACCCUCUGCUGGCUCCCUUUCUUCCUGGUGAACAUCGUCAACGUCUUCAACAGGGACUUGGUGCCGGACUGGCUGUUUGUUUUCUUCAACUGGCUGGGCUACGCCAACUCCGCUUUCAACCCCAUCAUCUACUGUCGCAGCCCCGACUUUCGUAAGGCCUUCAAGAGGCUGCUCUGCUGCCCUCGGAAAGCCGACCGGCGGGGCAAAGACAACAGGACCAAAAGGGUGCAUGGGAUGACGAUGUCCGAUGCCGGCGACUGCGGCGAGCUGUUGGCUGCGCAUGUCGGGCAGCAGACUAAAGCACACCUGAGCCGCUUCUCAGCCGAUGUAAAGCCGCACAGCUCCCUGGCCAUCCAUGGCUCCCGGGACAUGUACAUCCCCCUUAGCAUCUCCCCGUCCCCUCCGAGGGGCUUAUGCCAAAUUUUGCAGGACCUGGAGCCUUCCCCCAGCCCGGAGCUGUCAUCCUCUUGUGUGGAGGUGCCCCAUGGCACCCCGGGGGUGGCAGCGCGGCAGGGUGGAUGCACGGUGAAUGCACGGCUGCGCCCGUGCCGCCGCAGCGGUGCCAGGCAUGCUGGUGCAGGCUGCCAGCCGCGCCGCUCCCCUGAGGCAUCUCUCCGUCCUGCGAACACCAGCAACAGAAUCGGGCCCGCUGCGCUGGAAAUUGGAAGAGUGUUUGGGUUUGUUAUGUAA